AUGCCCGCAUCGAGAUUUGGCUCGACGAGGUCAUCCGCGCCACGCCCCGCCUUCCUCCGCCUCCUCUUCGUCUACUACCGCAAUGCCGCCCCUCGCCUUCUUGCCUCCAUCGCCGCCCGCCUCGCUGUCCGGCAGCAGCAGCAAGCACCACCACCGGCCUUCCUCCAGACACCCCGCUUUUCUUACCGGCCUCAAGAAACUCACCCGCCGGAUAACCAUGUACUCGGAUCUUACGACGGAUCCCCCGAGCCCCCGCCACACCAACGCACGCGAAUCGCCCCCGCGCCCGCGCCGCUCGCUGAGGCUGAUGCCGAGCUUACGAGUGCCUCGGGCGAAGAGGAUCCCGUUACCAAGGCGCAGAAUCGCCGCGCCGCCCGCCUAGAAAGGGCGCAAGAGCUAUUGGAAGCCCAAAGGAGACUACGGGAGACAAGGGAAAGAGAGAUGGUGGGUGGUCCUCGGAUUUUUCUCCGCAUGAGCGGGGCCGCGUCAUGA